CCUGAGAAGCCGGGGGAGGGCUCAGGGAAACCGGGGGAAGGGCUCAGGGAAGCCGGGGGGAAGAGCCCCGAGCAGCCGGCCCCUGUGAGGGCUUCCCCGCCGCCGGCCGCGACAUGGCCGCCCCCUGCUUCCUGGGCUGGGACUUCAGCACGCAGCAGCUGAAAGUCAUUGCCAUUGAUGAACAUCUGAGGGUCAUUUAUGAGGAUAAUGUUCAUUUUGAUAAAGAUCUUCCAGAAUUUAAGACUCAAGGUGGAGCCUAUGUUCACAGUGACAGGCUGACAGUCACUUCUCCUGUGCUAAUGUGGGUCAAGGCUCUGGAUAUGAUUUUAGAAAAGAUGAAAUCUUCCGGCUUUAACUUCGCUCAAGUCAGAGCUUUGUCUGGUGCUGGCCAGCAACAUGGGAGUGUGUACUGGAAGAAAGGAAGCAUCCAGACUUUAAAGAAUGCAUCACCCGAACUGCCUUUACAUCAGUUACUAAAGGCAUGUUUUGCUGUCAGUAACAGCCCCAUCUGGAUGGAUUCGAGCACAGCUUCCCAGUGCAGCAAUCUGGAGAAGGCUGUGGGAGGAGCACAGCGCCUAGCGGCUAUCACUGGAUCUCGAGCCUAUGAGCGUUUUACAGGAAACCAGAUAGCAAAGAUUUACAGCCAGAAUCCUGAGGUCUACACGCAAACUGAGAGAAUCUCUUUGGUUAGUAGUUUUGCAGCUUCCCUUUUCCUAGGAGCUUAUGCACCCAUCGAUUACAGUGAUGGUUCUGGUAUGAAUCUGCUGCAAAUCUGGGAAAAGGUGUGGUCAGCGUCCUGCCUUGAUGCUUGUGCACCGGGACUAGAAGAGAAACUGGGAAGCCCUGUGCCAUCCCAUUCAGUCCUGGGGUCCAUUUCUCCGUAUUAUAUUCAGCGUUAUGGGUUUAGCCCAGACUGUAAAGUAGUAGCCUUUACAGGAGACAACCCAGCAUCAUUGGCAGGGAUGAGACUUCAAGAAGGAGAUAUUGCAAUUAGCCUUGGCACAAGUGACACAUUGUUUCUGUGGAUCCAGGAACCGACUCCUGCCUUAGAAGGUCAUAUCCUCUGCAAUCCUGUUGAUUCGCAAACAUUUAUGGCACUUUUAUGUUUUAAGAAUGGCUCUCUGAUGAGGGAGAGGAUCAGAGAUGACUGUGCUUCAGGCUCCUGGGAUGAAUUCUCCAAAGCCUUAUCGUCUACUGUUGCUGGAAACAAUGGAAACUUGGGUUUCUACUUUGAUGUGAUGGAAAUUACUCCUGAAGCAGUUGGGAUUCACAGAUUCAACAGUGACAACCAAAAGGUUUCAGACUUUCCAAAGGAGGUGGAAAUACGAGCCUUGAUUGAAGGGCAGUUCAUGGCCAAGAGGAUUCAUGCUGAAAAGCUGGGAUAUAAAGUCAUGCCCAGAACAAGGAUUUUGGCUACUGGUGGUGCAUCCCACAAUAAGAAGAUAUUACAGGUCCUGUCUGAUGUGUUCAACGCACCGGUGUACACUAUUGAUACCGCCAACUCUGCUUGUUUGGGAAGUGCUUACAGAGCAAUUCACGGACUUGUAGCUGAGACAAAUGUGUCCUUGGCUGAUGUUGUGAAAUUAGCACCGGAGCCUAGAUUGGCUGUUACACCAACCACCGGGGCUGAGGAGCUCUAUCGUCCACUUCUGAAAAGAUAUGCAGAGCUUGAACAGAAGGUGAUCUACAACCCAACCUCUUGUCCUGUGAAAUAAUAAGCAAACAAAAUAUACACGUUGGCUGUGGUGGACUCCCAAGGAGAUCAAAAGAGAUUUGCUCAGAAUUUACUGGAGUUGUUUAAAUCAUUUUUUCCUCAUUGUAGAUGAAUAAUUUGUAAAUGGCCGAGUUGGAAUGUGUUGAUGGAAAAAGUUACAUUGUGAUCGAAACCCUAAUUAAAAAAUAUCUUAUUAUUCUCUG